AUGAUUAAAGUUAGACGAUGGAAUGUCAGCGUGUUAUUGGUAGCUGCAACGGCAUUGCUGGCAAUUUUAACACCUUCUUCAAAUGCAUCGACGACGACUUUCGAUGUUAGCAAAAUGAUACCGGUUGCCGAUAGAAAUAUACGAACCGGAAAUAAAAUGCUCAUCGAAAGGGAAAUAAAUGAUGCGACGCAAAAAGCUGUCAUCAAGGAGGAGGCAAGAAAAGAAGAUGCUGCCGCCGAAGAUGAUGGUGUCUUGGAUGUGAAUGAGUUGCCGAUACGUUAUGAUGAGGCACAGCUAUGGCGUAUUUAUAAUAUAUCCGAAUCUAUGAGUCGUCAAAACUCGGCACCAUUGGCUGAUAUUCUCGAGAGUAAAUAUGGCGGCACCGUAUGGAAAGAAAACUCAAAAUUCUUAGAUGUCUCCAUUGAAAAGCACCAUCUUAAGGAAGCCCGCGCCUUUUUGGAAAAUCAAAAUAUAAUGACUGAGGUAUUGAAUACAAAUAUCCAGGAAUUGAUUGAUGAAGAAGCUGCCGUUGGUGUGAAUAUGACACAAAGUGAAAUGGGUCAGAGGACAAAAAAAGCCGCUCGCAGUGGUAUUCACUGGAAGGACUAUCAUGAUUUGGAUACCAUUUAUGCAUUCAUGCGUGAGAUACGUGGAAAGUUUCCCAAUAUUUGCCGGCUCUAUACAAUUGGCAAGACAGCGGAGGGCAGAGAUUUGAAGGUUUUGAGAAUUUCGGAAAAUCCCAAAGAAUACAAGAAAAUUUGGAUUGAUGGUGGCAUACAUGCCCGUGAAUGGAUUAGCCCGGCCACUGUUACAUUUAUUCUCUACCAACUGAUGUCCAAAUGGCAGGAUCAUCCCGAUUACAUUCGCCAAAAGACCUGGUAUGUUAUGCCAGUCAUGAAUCCCGAUGGUUAUGUCUACAGUCGUAAAGUGAAUCGUUUGUGGCGUAAAAAUCGUGCCCCUGCCAAGCGGUCGCAAUGUUUGGGUGUGGAUUUGAAUCGCAACUUCGAUAUUGGCUGGAGUGGUUAUGGUUCAUCGACAAAUCCCUGCAGUGACACAUAUCGUGGUGAAUCGCCAAAUUCGGAGCUGGAAACCGAUGCUGUUGUUAAGUUCUUGAGUAAACGGAAAUAUAAUUUGGAAUCAUAUUUGACAUUCCAUAGUUAUGGUCAAAUGGUGGUGUACCCUUGGGCCUAUAAGGCUGUUAAAGUAAAGGAUGCUGGUGUUUUACAACGUGUUGCCAAUACUGCCGUACAGCGUAUUGAAAAGAAAACCGGACAGAUUUAUCGUGCCUCGGUGACACAUGAAGUGUUGGGUAUUGCCGGUGGUGGUUCGGAUGAUUGGAGUCGUGCCGCCUUGGGUACAAAAUAUGUUUACACAAUUGAGUUGAGAGAUCGUGGACAAUAUGGUUUUGUGCUGCCACCAUCACAAAUUUUGGAAACUGCCAUUGAAGGUUAUACCGUGGUGGAUACAGUGGCCCAGGCAAUUCAAUAA